UUCAUCAUAAGGCAGAUACACGGAUCGAAUACCGUCGUUUAAACAUUGGAAAUUAUCACACAAGACAUUGUUUUAGGAUGAUGGACAGACUGUGUAUUUUUCCAGGCUGCGGAUUUGUCUUUUUCUUUGUCAUGGUGCUGUACGCACACGGAGAUCUGAGCUAUUCUGUACAGGAGGAGCUGAAGCGCGGAUCUGUUAUUGGAAAUAUUGCUAAAGAUCUCAAGCUGGGGGUGGACAGACUGUCUCAUCGCAAAGCGCGUGUUGACAUGGAGGGAAACGACGGGAAAUAUUGCGAAAUUAACCUUCAAAGUGGAGAUUUAUUGGUUGCAGAGCGAAUCGACAGAGAGGAGCAUUGUGGAGAAAAUCCUUCGUGUGUUUUUAAAUUCGAUCUGCUAUUAGAGAAUCCAUUGGAGUUACACCGGCUGUCUCUGCAGGUACAGGACAUAAACGACAAUGCACCGCUUUUCCCGAAGGAUACAGUGAAGCUGGAAAUCACAGAGUCAACCAUGAGAGGAGCCAAGUAUCGCGUGAAUGCAGCCCACGAUGCAGACAUAGGCAAGAAUUCUGUUGAAAGCUACAUUUUAGAACAAAACCCUCACUUUGUGUUCGGAAUUCAGACGACAAGUGCUGGUAGGAAAUAUGGUGAGUUGGUUUUAAAACAGGAGUUAGACCGAGAGGAUCAACAGGAAAUGAAAUUAUUGCUCACGGCUGUGGAUGGUGGUUCUCCUCAGAGAUCCGGGACUGUAAUCAUACAUGUCAUUGUACUUGAUGCUAACGAUAACGCCCCAGUGUUUACUGAGGCCGUAUAUACAGCCACAAUACCAGAAAACUCACCCAUGAAAACCAAAAUUAUGACUGUAAGUGCAUCAGAUAUAGACGAAGGUGUUAAUGGAGAGGUCACUUAUGAAUUCAGUCGACUGUCUGAUAAAUCAAGAAAGAUUUUUUCACUGGAUGAGAAAACGGGAGAGAUCAGUGUGACAGGUGACAUAGAUUAUGAAGAGGGACACAAAUACGAAGUGUUUGUUGAAGCCAAAGAUGGUUAUGGGCUCUCUUCAGAAGCUAAAGUGAUUAUAGAUAUCACUGAUGUGAAUGACAAUGCUCCAGUGAUAUCAUUGAAGUCGGUGUACAACCCAAUACCCGAGAACGUAACACCUGGUACAGAGGUGGGCCUCAUUAACGUGCAGGACAGAGACUCUGAAUAUAAUAAACAAGUCCACUGCUCGAUUCAGCAAAAUGUCCCCUUUAAGUUAGUUCCUUCUAUUAAAAACUAUUAUUCUCUGGUGACCACAGGACAACUGGACCGUGAACUAGAGUCUGAUUACAACAUUACAAUCAGUGCCACUGACGAGGGCUCUCCACCUCUGUCCUCCUCUAAAACUAUUCAGUUAUCUGUAGCUGACAUCAACGACAACCCACCUGUGUUUGAGGAACAGUCCUACAGCGCAUAUGUGACUGAAAAUAACAAACCUGGCUCCACUUUAUGUUCCGUUACUGCUCGAGACCCCGACUGGAGACAAAACGGUACAGUGAUUUAUUCUCUGUUAACUGGUGAGGUGAACGGUGCCCCGGUGUCCUCCUAUGUAUCAGUGAACGGAGACACGGGGGUGAUCCACGCUGUGAGGUCGUUUGAUUAUGAACAGUUGAGGAACUUUAAAGUCCAGGUGAUGGCCAGAGACAACGGUUCUCCUCCACUCAGCAGUAACGUGACCGUCAGUGUCUUCAUAUCUGAUGUGAACGACAACUCUCCUCAAAUACUGUAUCCCGCCCUCGAGGGCAACUCCUUCAUGACUGAGCUGGUCCCCAAAGCUGCACACGGAGGCUCUUUGGUGUCCAAAGUGAUAGCAGUGGACGCGGACUCCGGACAGAACGCCUGGCUGUCCUAUCAUAUAGUUACAUCCACUGACCCUGGACUUUUCACUAUUGAUGUCCACAGUGGAGAAAUCAGGACACAGCGGGACAUUUCUGAAUCUGACAGCAUGAAACAGAACCUUAUUGUGGCGGUGAAAGAUAACGGACAGCCCUCUCUCUCUGCCACCUGCUCCAUGUAUUUAAUUAUUUCUGAUAACUUGGCUGAGGUGACAGAACUGAAGGACAUUUCUUAUGAUGAGAAGCAUUCCAAACUGACCUCUUAUCUGAUCAUCGCCCUUGUCUCUGUGUCCACUUUUUUCUUGACCUUCAUCAUCAUCAUCAUGGGUGUGAGGUUUUGUCGCAGGAGAAAGCCCAGACUGUUGUUUGACGGAGCAGUCGCCAUCCCCAGCGCUUAUCUCCCUCCUAAUUACGCAGAUGUUGACGGCACAGGAACUUUACGCAGCAAUUACAAUUAUGACGCCUACCUGACAACAGGCUCUAGAACCAGUGACUUUAAGUUUGUGACAUCUUACAAUGACAACACACUGCCUGCUGACCAGACUCUGAGGAAAAGUCCCAGUGACUUUGUUGAUCCAUUUGAAGACUUAGAGGUAGGAGCCUUUUACGCUUCAUGUCAAAAGUGCUUAUCUUUGGAUUGUUUGUUUGGAGAUGGUGAUGCUUCUCCUGUGGCAGGGACACUUUCCAUUGCCAUGACAUAA